AUGUCGGACUCUGCAGUGGCAACAUCCGCGUCCCCAGUGGCUGCCCCACCAGCGCCAGUUGAGAAGAAGGUGGCCGCCAAAAGGCAUCUGGAUCAGGAGCUACAAAGGCAAAGAAGGCUGCAGUCCCGCCAUCACAUCCGCCAACUCAGCAAAUGCCUCUGCCAAAAGGAGCCCAAGCCAAAGGUUGCGGCUGCUGAGAAGAAGGUCAAAACCAAGAAGGUAGUCACCAAGAAAGCCGGGGCCACCGCAAAGAAAGCUGCCGGUGCUGCUGACAAGAAACCCAAGGCUAAGAAGGCCGUUGCCACCAAGAAGACUGCCGAGAAGAAGAAAACUGAGAAGGCAAAGGCCAAGGAUGCUAAGAAAACUGGAGUUGUAAAGGCAAAGCCAGCAGCAGCGAAAGCUAAGCCGGCCGCCGCAAAGCCAAAGGCAGCCAAGGCACCAAAGGCCAAGGCAGCAGCGUCCGCCAAGCCCAAGAAGGCAGUAAAGAAAGCAACUGCUCCAGCUACCGCUAAGAAGCCGAAGGCCAAGACUACGGCGUCCAAGAAGUAA